AUGACGAAACUCAGUCUCUCACUGCUCGCUAGUCUCUCUUUCAUCGUCUCUGUCGCCUCAACCGCUCUCCCUCCAUCCAACACAGCCAACUCGCUCCUCACCCCCCGAGUCCCCAGCCAUUUCCCCUGCGACUGCUAUCUCAUCUCAGGCGAAGACCCCGGUUACUUCACAAACUACAAAUUCUGGGACUUUCGCAAUGUCCGCCUCCCUCACAAUCACAGCGCGAGCGAAACAAACACCAACAGCCCCCUAGCCAACACCAUCCUCUGGGAAUCAGAGACCCUCCCUCUCUCUGAAUCACCCUUCAACACCGACUGGCAAACCCAGUCCUGGAGCCGCAACAAGACCGUCGACAGCAUCAUCCCCAUCGUGAACUCCGAGUUCAAUGCCUUCUUCGCUAGACACCCCAAUUACCUCGAUACAACUCAGUUAGUCCUCCGCACCACCCGUCUGGCGAAUUACUCCUCCACAGCGGAGAUCGAGAGCGUGAAUGGGAACUUCUUCCACUGCUCGAUCCGCGUGCGCAUGCGGCUUAUAGGUGCUUGCGCGGGUAUCUUCACAUACCGCUCUGCAAUGUGCGAGUCCGAUCUGGAGUUCCUGACUUCUGAUCCUCCGAAUACGAUCCACUAUGCGAAUCAGCCAGACUAUGAUCCGGAAGCAGACAUUAUUGUCCCCGGCGCGAGUGAAGUGGUCACGACCGUGCCGAGGCCCUGGUCGGCGUGGGGGACGCACCGUAUGGACUGGUUUGUGAAUAAGACGCGGUGGUACGCUGAUGGUGAGUUGCAAGCGGAUGUUUCUGUCAGUGUCCCUGACCGGCCAAGUAUCCUGGCCAUGAACCUUUGGAGUGAUGGUGGGGUAUGGACUGGGGAUAUGAAAGUCGAUGAGAGCGUGUAUAUGGGCAUUGAAUGGAUCGAGAUCGCGUACAAUACUUCCACCGUGGGUCUCUCCCCGAUUGAGACCAACCAGAGGCACCGGAAUCGACCGUCGGAGUGGAGGAAAGGGGGUUCCCAUCAGAAGAAGCAGGUAUCCGGUGGUGAAGCCAGGGAGAGUUGUGAAAGGCCAUGCUACUUGGAUAAGAUGCAGUACUAUUGA